AUGGCUGAAAGUUUGGAAGUUGAGAUAAUCUGUCCAGUUUGCCUGGAAUUGAUCUUCAAUCCCAUUUUUCUGUCCUGUUCACAUAUUUUCUGCGUUGACUGCAUUCGAGAUUGGCUGACAAUUAGGGGAGAUUUGGUACUGACCUGCCCCUUGUGUCGAAGAGAAAACAAGACACCUGUCAUGGAAGAACUGCAUGUUGAAGCACUGACACUUCUGCUCAAGCAGCAUAGCUCAUUCCUGGAGCAAAGUCUGUGUUGGAGCACUGAGCUCCUGAGGUUCUGGGUGGAUGUGACCUUGGAUUCUGCCACUGCCCACUCCCUCCUUGUGCUCUCCAGUGAUCUAAAGACUGUCCAUUGUGGGAAGAUCUGCCAUAACCUCGUGGAAGAUCCCAGGAGAUUCACUAGCCUGGCUUGUGUCCUGGGCUCCCCCUGCUUCUCCUUUGGUCGCCAUUACUGGGAACUUAAAGUGGGAGAAGGGAAGGAGUGGAGCCUGGGUGUCUGCAAUGAGUUGGUGGAAAGAAAGAGGACCAUGGGUUUAUCGCCUGAGCAUGGUUUCUGGAUCAUUACCUUGAAGGCAGGAGAAAUUCAUGUCAGUUCCACCCAGGAAAAAAUUCCUGCAAGACCUGGCCUUUGCCAUGUGGGAAUUUUACUGGAUAUGGAGAUGGGAGAAAUCAAGUUUUUUGAUGUUAAAAAUGGUGCCCUCAUCUGUAUACCUGGCUCUUUCAUCUUCUCUGUUUGGGAGCAUUUGCGUCCAUUCUUUUAUCCUGAGUCACCAGAAGAAGGGAAUAGUGGGGCCCCCUUGAGCAUCUGCCCACAAGAAAUUCACGCUUCCCUGAAGCUUUCUGAGGUGUAUGAGACCUUGGACUCCAAGAAAGGUCAGAAUGACCAAGGAAGAGACAAUUUACUGAAGUGCCAAGAUUUGGUGGUUUAA